CAGUAUUUACCGGUUAUUAGCCUUAGCGACCAGUAUUGCCUUUCCGCGCCCGGUCGUGUCCGUUCCGUUACGUAUUCGUUAGUGAUUAGUGAUCUUUUUAAAGUGUCUACGUAUAAUAAUCAACGACAAAAUAAGAAAACUGUUAUACGUCAUUACAUAUUUAAAUUUUACUCGUAAAUUUUUAAUAAUCGAUUUUUAGUGCGUUUUUUAUAUCUUAGUCGAAUUUGAGCAUAAGUUAAAUCUCUAUAUUUGCGUAUAUAACUUCUAACUACUGAGUGUCGGAGACACACCUGUUUGCCGUCGUUUCGUCCCGCGUUAUUGCACGCGCCGUUAUGCGUAGCUGAAACCCGCGGCUGCAGCGAUGGCCAAACCCUAAGAGAGAAAAAAUUUACGCCCAUUUACGCACGCAUAAUAAUAAUAUUACUUGAUGUAAUUGCAUUACGCGCGAGCAUAUAUGUAUUACGACAUUAUGGGUAUACAUGCGUACCUUGCACGCUCGUAGUUAUAAAUACAAAUCAUGUGUGAACGAAAAAAGCGACUGGUUUUCUGAAAAGUGAAAAAAAAUAAAUAAAUACGAAACGAAAAACGACGGAGACGCGUAAAGUAAUACAAUGUACUACUGUGCAAGGCGACGGGCGCACCACCACAGCACGCCAACCCCGGCGCUGAUGCCGAACGUCUUCGCGCCGGAUCAUCACCUGCAGCACCACCCGUCGCACCGUCGCAGCGGCCGCAAUGCUGGCCGGCGUACUUGACCGCGUGCUAUUGGGCCGCCGGUCGCAGUACCUGCACCAGGUGAACGUGGAACGGGGCCCUCGGCCACCGCCCGGGUCACCGCCCCGACCCCACAGCUACCAUGGCCACAGCAACCUGUACACCGGCCGCAACGGCGGCGGUGGUAACGGGACCGCUCUGAAGGCUAGCGGACGCAAGUUGGCCGCCAAGUUUUGGUCGUCGUGCGGAUCGCCCCGAGCAGCUGUGGCCGCGACGACGCCGACCCGCGAACGGCCGGCGGCGGUCGACCGGAAACGGACGGCCACCGCCGCCACAACCAACGGCGGAUUCUCGAACGUUUCGCAUACAUGGCGUUUCAAGCGGCUAAGUCAUGGUAGCAGAACACCAGGGGAAUCGUCGGUUAAGUCAACUACGGAAAUGGCUGAAAGUGGCAGCGGAGCUGCAGCGGCUCCAGCUGCCAAAACCGGAUCAAUCAAAGUACACCUUCCAAACAAUGGGUUUAAUAUCGUGAAGUUCGUCGAUAAUAUUAAUGUCAAGGGUAUCAUAUCUCUAGUUAUUGGUCGUUUGGCUAAUGGAUGUCCACAGUAUCAAGGUGUUUACGGAUUACAGUUAUACCAUCCGUUGUCUGGCGAGAUUCACUGGUUACACCAAGACUGUACAAUGUCCGAGAUUUACAACAAAUAUGAUGAACAAUACCCGAUGUCCGAGUGGAGAUUUGAGUUGCGCGUGCGGUAUUCUCCGGAUGACAUGGAAGAUCUGUAUGAAAAAGAUAGAUUUACAUAUUUCUUCUUUUACGACCAAGUUCGGUUCGAUUAUUUGAAAAAAAAUGAUCCUGCAACUCGAGUGGACACGGACAUGGCUGUGCUACUUUGCUGUUUACAAAUAAAAUGCUUUUUCAGAGAAAUGCCACAAAUGUCAUUAGAAAAAAAAUCCAAUUUAGAAUACCUGGAACGAGAAAUUGGACUGAACAAAUUUCUACCCUAUUAUAUACUGGAAUCAAUUAAACCAAAGAAUUUACGUAAAAUGAUUCAACAACAGUAUAAAAAAAUUUUGCAAACGCCAGAAAAAGAGUGCGUGUUACAGUUUCUCAAUCUGGUUUGGUCAUUCUACAAGUAUGACGAGGAGCAAUUCAAAUGUUCGAUUGGAUCUGGUUGGACGAUACCUGUAGAUCUGGUGAUUGGACCUCGACACGGAAUUUCUUAUAUUAAUAACCAAGGAUCAAUACCUACCAAAAUGGCAGAUUUCGCUCAUAUCGAAAACAUUCAAACACUAGUGUCCGAGUGUGAAACACAUCGUAAAACCCUUGUGCAACUUCAAGUAGCCGAAUCAGCCGAUCCUUUAGUGCUGAGUUGUUCAACACUCGAACACAUGUACAACUUAGCAAAUCUGAUUGAUGGCUACUGCCAACUAGCCAAAAAAACAAAUGUCUCCUUAUGGAACAAAAAAGCUGCCAUAUGGAAUCGUUUUCCUUGUCCAUGUGAUUCUAAAGAUUCUGGGAAAAUCAAAUCCAAAGUACCCCCAAGAUUUUCCGACGAUUAUCCCGAUGAUGGUACUGUAGAAGAAGAAGGCGAUUACUCAACUCUCGCAAAUUGCAAUUACGAGUUAUUCCGUGAACAGGUGGAAUUAGGUGAAAUCAUCGGAGAAGGUCAAUUUGGCGAUGUGCACAAGGGAAUAUGUCACAUGCGGUCAACUAAAAAAACACCCGUUAAUGCCGUAGCAGUAGCGAUAAAAACAUGUAAGCCCGAUGCAGACAUGGCAACAACUGACAAAUUUUUGGAAGAAGCGUAUAUUAUGCAACAAUUUGAUCAUCCGCAUAUAAUACGUUUGAUUGGCGUAUGUUGUUCGCCACCUGUAUGGAUAGUCAUGGAACUAGCCAAACUCGGUGAGCUACGAGCUUACUUGCAGAACAAUCAGGCACAUUUGGAUUUGGCUACUCUUAUCCUAUAUUCGUAUCAGCUUUCCACGGCUCUAUCGUAUUUAGAAUCCAAAAAGUUUGUUCACAGAGACAUUGCAGCCAGAAAUGUGCUGGUAUCCUCACAUCAUUGCGUAAAGUUAGCUGACUUUGGAUUGUCUCGGUGGGUUCAAGACCAAAGCUAUUAUAAAGCGUCUAAAGGGAAACUACCGAUCAAAUGGAUGUCACCUGAGUCUAUCAACUUCAGACGGUUUACAACAGCCAGCGAUGUCUGGAUGUUUGGUGUGUGCAUGUGGGAGAUUUUGAUGAUGGGUGUGAAACCAUUUCAAGGGAUUAAAAAUAAUGACGUAAUCGGCAAAAUUGAAAAUGGUGAACGGUUGGCAUUGCCUCCGAAAUGUCCUCCAAGAUUAUACAGCCUCAUGUCGCAAUGUUGGUCGUUCGAACCAAACAAAAGGCCUACGUUCAAAGACGUAAAAGAAGUGCUCAAUGAAAUAUUAAUUGAAGAGAGACACCAACAAAAAGAAACCCUCAGGAGGGAAAACCGGAGAGUGCAUACUUUAUCUUGGGGAUCGAGUGGCUCUCUAGACGACCCAUCUGCUCCACCCAAACCUUCUCGUCAACCGAAUGUGGACCAUAACAACAAGACUGAAUUGCCAGUUUCCACGUAUAUAGUUGCCCAGAACGCUGAAGUACUGGCUCAUCUGUUAAAAGAAAAUGAACAACGGGGCGUCAACCCAUCCGUGUACACGACACCUGCCACUGGAUUCAACACGGUAACAGUAGAUUUUCUUAAUGACAUUGAUGACGACAAAACCAUUUCGGCCGGAAACAGUAUACUGAGCAUGGACUCUGUGGGACUAAUAUCUAUGGAUGGGGGUGGUAGCAGCCAACCGUCUACUAACAAAACAUUGCCUAGGAAUUUCACUUCAGGGGCGGCUUCACUAACACUACCAAACUUGGCAGAUAAGAGACGGUGUUCAGACGGCAGUCUGGGCACAUGCGCUGCUGCGACUGGUGGAGGAAUAAAAAAUGAGGGAGCUAAGCAUUUUGGGAACAAUUCUGUUGGUGUUUAUGAUAAUGAACCUCUAUCUGAUGUAGAACAAUUAGAACGUAAGCUAAGGCAACAACAAAUUGAGUCCGAAAGAGACAGCUUGUGGCUAGCUGAAGAAGAAACCAACUUAAAAAAAAGGCUGUCAUUAGUGGCUAGCACAUCAGACAAUGAAUCUAUUGAUGGCCGAUCGUCUUUGACACCUCCUUCGUCACUAGAUCGAAGUACCAAAACCAAACCUACUGAAGAACGAGUUAUUGUAAUAAAAAAACUCGAACCUACUCCAACAGCUGAUUUGGACAGAACUAAUGAUAAGGUGUAUGAAUGUACCACUUUAGUAGUCAAAGCGGUUAUGACUCUGUCGCAAGGAGUUCAACAGAAUCAGACUAAUCGAUAUUUGGAACUAGUCAAAGAAGUGGGUCUCCAACUCAGAGCUUUAUUGACUAGCGUUGAUAGCCUGGUACCUUAUUUCCCUCAAAGUGCUCACAAACAAGUGGAGAUGGCACAUAAAGUUCUCAGCAAAGACAUGUCAGAGCUUGUCAAUGCAAUGAAACUUGCUCAAAAUUACUGCCAUACUGCUGUUGAUUAUUUGUACAGCAAGGAAAUGUUAUCUUCAGGUCAUAUAUUGGCUAUGGAUGCAAAAAACCUACUGGAUGUUGUCGACUCAGUACGCAUGCAGUAUCCUGAAGUUGAAGCAAUAAUCAGUGGACAACAGUCAGAAGCUUCUAAAGAACAACAUUCUGGAGUAGCCACUUCAUAGUAGUACUUUUAUAGUAUGCAUUCCUAAUUUAUUACACAUUUUUAAUACACCAAUAUUAUUACAAAUAUUAUUUUGUUUAAUAUAAUAAUUAAUCGACUGCCU